AUGGAGCUGAAGGUCUGGGUGGACGGAAUCCAGAGGGUUGUCUGUGGCGUCUCGGAACAAACCACCUGCCAAGAAGUGGUUAUCGCCUUGGCACGGGCCAUAGGUCAGACAGGCCGCUAUGUGCUGGUGCAGAAGCUGCGGGAGAAGGAGCGAGCCCCUGAGAGGACGUUCAUCCGGGCCAGCUUGCCCAUCAAGCCCAGGCCUGCCAGCACAGAUGCACCCCGUUCCCGGGAGCCAAAAAAAUCCAUGACUUUCAACUUGGGUCCUGCAGGUGACCCAUUUGUCAUGAGCCGAUGGAGGCACCAAGCACGGGAAGGGAUGGACUUGGAGGGUGGUGGGAUCCUCCAGCCUUCCAAGGAGGAGCUGUUUAGGAGGGUGCUGCGGCAGCAGGAACAGCUGCAUUCCUUGGAGGCCCAUGGGGACACCCUGGAGGGACCCAAGACGGACCUACGGCUCUGGGAGCGUGGCCGGUUCACAGGUCAGGAGGAUGAGAUUCUCUACCUGGAGCACCUGGUGCGGAGGAACGAGACAGAGCUGGGCGAGGAGGAGUUUUGGCAGACAGAGCUCCAGCUGGAGAAGGAGUGUGAGCGGGAGCGGCAGGAGCGGGUUAGGAGCCUCCGGGCCAGUCUGGAGGAGUACACCCAGAGGAUCUAUGAGCUGAGUGCCAGGACCGAAGCCCUGCAGGAGGAGAUCCAGUGGGAGAUGGCAGAGAGAGCCAAGAGGGGGAAGGAGAUCCCUGUGCCCAGCCCCACAGAGCUGGAGGACAUGGCUGCCAAGAUGAAAAGGGACCUAGAGGCCAAGGUCAAGCAAGGCACCCAGCUGGAGAGCAACCUGGCCAGUGUGGAGAAGGCCCUGGAGGAAGCUGAAAGGAACCUGCAGGCCCAGACCCAAGAGCUGGAGGAGUUAAAUAAGGAGCUGAGGCAGUGUAAUUUGCAGCAGUUUAUUCAGCAGACGGGG